AUGUCCUCCUAUGAACGUAGCAGUGCCACCUUCCACCCUAGUUUCACUCCACAUGAAGCACGAGCACCCAGAAGGUCACAGCGUGAAGGACAGUCGCAAAGUUGGGUGAAAUCAAAGGAAUAUAUUUGUAACCAUGCAUGUUUUCAUCCAAUAGUCGCAGAAUCGGAGAAGAAAUGUGCCUUCCUAUUUAACAGUUUGAACAAGAUGUUUGAUGUCGCCAAAGGUACGAACCCUAAUUGCUUCGACAAUAGAACUAACUGUCAGGACUACAUUGACCACGAUCGCACCAUCUGCAGUUCAGACUCUCCGUAUUAUGGCUGGACAACCACGAACUGUCAGGCCUCCUGUGGUGUCUGUCAAGGUGGACCUACUACUACAGAGCAUGUCUGCGUGGAUGAGCUUAACUACUGUGACACAUUCGAUAUACCCAAGGCAUGUCUUGAUUUCCCCAAAUGGGCCGCCGAGAAAUGUCGUCGCACGUGUAGUAUUUGUCAAGGAGGUCCGACGACACCGACGCCCUUGUGUGUUGAUACGCUGACCACGUGUGGUUCAUUUGACAUCCCACAGGCUUGUGUGGAGUUCCCGAAAUGGGCUUCGGAAAGCUGUAGAUUCACGUGCAACGUCUGUACAGUGUUAGAGCCACCCACCGUGAGGCCUCUUGCUGUAGGGCGGAAGUGA